AUGUCUUAUCCUAGGCGUAAAAAGCGUGAUUGUACUCCACUGGAAUCUGCAGCAUGUGGUAGUAUAUCAGGCAGUAUAGCAGCAGCAAUAACAACACCAUUAGAUGUGGCAAAAACAAGGAUAAUGCUGCAUGAAGGGUGUAAACGAAUUGGUAUAUUACCAACACUGCGAACGAUUGCAACUGAAGGUGGCAUUGAAAAGUUAUAUUCUGGUAUUUUACCACGUACUAUAUGGAUGGGUCUUGGUGGGUUCAUUUUCUUUGGUGCCUAUGAAGUCACACUCCAAUUCACUUAUUGGAUUUGUCCACAGCACGAAAAGUUAGCUACUGGAGUGAUUAAGUGA